GAAACAAAUGCCCAACAUGCCGACUCCACUUACUUUUCUGUCCAAUCUCCAGUGUCCCGAGCACAUCCAACAAGGUCUGGUUAAACCUCUCGGGCUGAGGUUCACCCUGUGGGUGAUAGGGUGUGGUCCUGGAUUUCUCAACCCCAAGCAUACCCAGUAAUUCAUGGAUAAGCCAGCUCUCGAAGUCCUGUUCCUGAUCACUAUGGAUCUGCCUGGGAAGGCCAUAAUGAACAAAGUACUUCUCCCAUAACACCUUUGCCACGGUAGUCGCUUUCUGGUCUUUAGUGGGAAACGCCUGGACAUAUCAAGUGUAGUGAUCCGUGAUGACUAAGACAUUGCUGUUGCUGGUGUCUGGCUCGAUAGACAGGAAAUCCACACACCAGAUCCAGGGGUCCCGCACUCUGCAAGUGCGACAGUGGAGCGACCGGCGCAGGCAGGGUCUUCCUCCGGAUGCAACGACUGCACUUCUUACAAUAUUCUUCAACCUCCCCCCUCAUCUGGGGCCAGUAAAACCGGUCCUUGAGUAACCCAUAGGUCUUUUCCACCCCCAAGUGCCCCAAAUCAUCUUGCAGUGCCUGGAGCACAGUCUUCUGCUACUCCUCAGGCAUGACCAGCUGCCAACGCCGGGGGUGGUCCGGAGGCGCCGUUAGCCGGUACAAGACUUGGUUCUUCAACUUUAACCGAGGCCACUCCUUCAAUAACAGAGGCAUGGACCGGUGUUUCUCCUUCUCUGCCCACGCCACAUCCCCCUUCUCCACUGCCCUCCACACAGUGCCAAUGCCCGGGUCAUUUCGCUGAGCAGUUACCACUUCCCCCGGACUUAGUUCCGGCAACUGUUUAGUCUUCAGUGCAGUCAGGUCACAGUAAACUGGGGGCAGGGUAUCAUCAAAAUCCCCCAAAUGUGUCCACUGCUCUCUCCGGCCUCCCCCUUCCCUCGGCCUUCACGAUAAUAGCAAAUUGACACAUGGUUCUCACUCCAGGGGCAGGAAUGCUCUCCCACUCCUCGUCUGUCUCCGGUUCCCCAUGCUCCCGCCAUGACAAAGCAUCGGCAUCGACAUUCCUGCUUCCCGGCCAGUACUUCAGGCUGAAAUCAUAUAUCGACAAAGCUGCCAACCUCCGAUGACCUGUGGCAUCCAGUUUCACCGAAGUCAGGAUACAAGUGAUAGGAUUGUUAUCUGUUCUCAUCUCAAACUUGGCCCCGUAUAGAUAGUUGCUCAACUUGUCCACCACCGCCCAUUUCAGCACCAGGAACUCCAACUUGUGAGUGGGAUAGUUUCUCUCAGAUGGCAACAAGCUUCGGCUGACAAAUGCUACCGGUCUCAUUGCGUUGCCCUGUUCCUGGUACAGAACAGCCCCUAGACCCUCUCGGCUGGCAUCCGUGUGCAGCACAUAUGGCUUUUGGGGAUCGGCAAAAGCCAACAUCGGGGUCUGGGUCAGCGCCCUUUUCAAAGAUCGGAAUGCCUCUUCACAUCGAUCAUCCCAUCUCAAGCCAAAACGCUACACUGGGUUCCAGUAUCCUCCUGUGUCUUGCCCCCUGUCCCCCUUCCUUUUCUUCCCCACAGGUGGAUAGCCACACAGUAGAUGGUUCAACGGGUGACUCAUUUUAGCAUAUCCUUUCACAAAUUGCCAGUAAUACCCACAGAACUCCAAAAUGAGCAUAGGGUGUUCAUCUUCUGGGGUCUCGGCCAGGUGGUCACUAUGUCUAUCUUAGCCAGAUCAGUAGCCACUCCUUCUCGCAAAAUUAUGUGGCCAACAUAGCCGACUGACGGCUUACAGAACUGGCAUUUGUCCAGGGAAAGUUUCAACCCUUCCUCUUUCAGCCAGCUUCACACCUUCAGCAGCCGCUCCUCAUGUUCCUCCAAAGUAGAUCCAAACACUAUCAGAUCGUCCAGAUACACCAGCUCCUGAGAAGAUCCUCAGCUUUGGUCGUGGCCUCUCAGUCCCUCUCACCAGGGAGGUAAGGGCGACUGCUAGCUCGGAGGUCUUACUUCUAGCUGAGGGAUGGGGCCUGGCCAAGCCGUCCCACUUUGACCCCCCUCCUACUGGUUACUGGCACCUCCCCUGGGGUCUCAUCUAGCUCCUCCUCUGGUGUCCCCUCACUUCCGUCCUCCAGGAGGGUGUGGAGGCCCCACAGCCCCGCCUCCCCCGGGACGCUGACCGUCGCUGGCAGUUCCAACGACAUGACGUCAGCACUCGUACGAACCAACACCCAACCAGACUCCACCUCUUUACUGCACCUUCUAGCUACCAGUUCUACCUGCCCCAUAACUUUGACCAAACUCAACCCCCACAUUAACGCAUCUUCCGAAAUGCGGAAAUCCACCCCUCUUAAUACGCACACAAGAUUCACCGGUACGUCCUCUAACUCACCCCAGUUUACAAUCUUAUCUCGAUCCAUCUCUGCACUACUUAACAUAGCGCUUUACACAGCUUAUCGAAAAUUCAAUCCUGGAUGAGCCCCCACAAUGUUACGCUCAGUUAUCUUGGCUCGUACGCAUCUAGGGGAGACUCCGUCCCUGCCCACAUUCUUGUUAUCAGUAAUUAUAACCCAAACAAGCUGUGAGAGAAAGCACUCUCUCAUCAGUUACCAUAACAAGCAUGCUUACUUUUAACAUAACAAAGAAGCCAUUUUGAUUAACAUCCACAGUAACAUAAAGAAGAAACCCCUUACAGGUAGAAUCUCUUCUCCUUACAGAGUUUAUUGGCAGCUGGCAGACCAACAUGAGGUGCAUUCCUGCCUCCCACUGAAUUGGAGCAUAGACCAAUGAGACAGGAAGUAAACUCAAAUAAUAUCAAAAAGUCUAAUGCUUUUCAGAAAGUCAAAUAUGCGCUUAUAUACGUUAUGGAAGCAGUGAUAUCCUGACGAACUUUCUAUGUUAAACUGUGUCUGUCCCAAAGAUCUCAAUUUAGAUCAAAAAAAGGUGCUUCCUUUGCACCUCAUAGGAACUGCAUUGAAACUCUAUUUUGAAUGCAGUUGCUGAAGGCAGACGGCGCAGCAGCAUAGUAGUUAGCACGAGGCUUUACAGUAACAGCAACGUGGGUUCAAUUCCUGCCACUGCCCGUAAGGAGUUUGUACAUUCUCCCUGUGACCGCCUGGGUUUCCACCCACAGUCCAAAGACCUAACUGCUGGUAGGUUAAUUGACCAUUGUAAAUUGUACUCUGAUCAGGCUAGGGUUAAAUCGGGGGAUUGCUGGGCAGUGUAGCUCGAAGGGCUGGAAGGGCCUAUUCUGCGUUGCAUCUCAAUUAUAAAAAAUAAAUACUGCACUAUUUCUUGCACUCCCUACAAAUGCCCGUAUCAUGCAGAUUAGUUCUGAACAAGGAGUUAUUGAACCUAGUAUUGCAAAUACGUAAACGUGUAAGUAUAACUUCUUUCCUUCCUUUAUACCCAUCUUGCAGUUUAGUUCCCACCAUCCUCUGAAUAUUAUAUAAAUGGCAUGCUUGUUUUUCCUUAUACUAACUUUGUUACCACAGUGACUGAAUAGACUUCUUAUUUAUGGCUGUCAACUGCCUUUUAUGCAAAGGCACCACCACAUUUAUAGCCUUAAUUUUAAGUGAUCGUUUGGCUAGAAUAUCUGCCACCUUCUUUCCUUCAACCCCAUCAUGGGCAUGGACCCAGAAGAAGUGUAUACACAAGCCUAGGCCCUGCAACAUCAGCAGCUGUUGGCCAAUCACAAGAAGAAUGCCUGGUCUACAAUUUGAAAUUCCUCUUUUAAUAGAUGUCAAAAUCAGGAACGAAUCAGAAGUACAUGAUCAGGGCAUACUUCUUCCAUCCAUUCCAAGGCUAAAAUGUUAGCAACCAUCUCAGACGUGAAAACUGAUAUCUGAUAAUCUUUUCUUGCACAGUCACCUGAAACUUUGGACAUAAACAGAAACACCUGAACAGCCUAUCACUGGAUCUUUUGAACCAUCUGUGUAGAUUUGUAGGAAUCCAUAAUAUCUGCCUUGCUGAACUUCUUGUGCCACUGAUAUACAAUCACUCAUCUUGAUCUUUUCCUGAAGGACUAAAUCAACCACAGUGGAACAAGUGCUACACCUGCCCUUACACUUCCUCCCUCACCACCAUUCAGGGUCCCGAACAGUCCUUCCAGGUGAGGCGACACUUCACCUGUGAGUCAGCUGGUGUGAUAUACUGUGUCCGGUGCUCCUGGUGUGGCCUUCUAUAUAUUGUUAGGCCUGACGGAAUGCCUCGGCCUGAAACGUCGACUGUACUUCUCCAAAUAGAUGCUGCCUGGCCUGCUGCGUUCCACCAGCAUUCCGUGUGUGUUAGAUGACUAAAUACCACUGUUUGGCUUGCUUCAAUAUUAUGGUUGUGGAUAAAUUAUUUAUAGAGUUAUAUAUUCACAGUGGAAGUGUAUUCCAACUGAACAAGUUCCUGACAGAGCUAACAAGGCUUUUCCAGAAAUGCCGAACCUCAGGAAGCAUUUACCUCACCAUGAAGAAAUAUGAUGGUCGAACAAAGCCAGUUCCGCGGAAAGGGAACCCUGACAAUUUUGAACCUGCUGAUAACAAGUGUCUCCUGCGGGCAACAGAUGGGAAAAAGAAGAUCAGCACAGUGAUAAGCUCCAAAGAAGUAAACAAGUUUCAAAUGGCAUAUUCAAACCUAUUACGGGCACACAUGGAUGGCUUAAAGAAGAAAGACAAGAAGAGCAAGAGCAAGAAGACGAAAGCCACACAGUGAUGUGUGUGGGUUUCCUGCGAGUGGGGUUGGGGGAGGAGGAGGGUUCACUUUACCAGUACCCAGCAUCUUAGAAAUUGCUUGUGUAUUGAAUGGAACCGAUGUUAGGAGAGGAAUGAGUUCCAGAAGAGCAUUGAUUAAAAAUGCACAAUACCAGCAGUAAUGGAUAAAUAUUCCCGCAUGUGAUACAUCAUUUUGUAGUUAUCCGUGGGAAAGUUUUACAAAUAUCUGUCAUGGCUAUCUGAUGGCAAUAACAAGAAUGAUGAAGGAAGUCUGUUGGGCAUCAGUUGGAAAAGCUUAUUAUCCUACAGUCAGCCACCCUCCUUCAAUUAUUGUGCAAUUAACCAUAUUGUGCAGCAUUGCAGGGCAUGACCAAAAAUAAGCCCCUGACCAUCAAAUUAGUUAAUAAGCAAGUGGUCACUACAAGCAAAGAUCAUUUUACAUAGAUCAUUAUUACUAUGCAUUCUGUAACCUCAAAGAUGUGUUCCUCUGAUCAGUAGGUAUUCACUUCAAUUAAUCUCCUUGAUGUAGUUGCACUGUCUGCUUCCCUUUACCACACAAUACCUGACCACUGCUGAGGCCAAAUCCUUAAUGUCACACAUGGGCAAUGACCUUCAGCUCCCAUAUAGGAGUCUUUUUCUUCUGCUAUUAUAGAACUAGCUAGGAGGAGAUGGUUUCUACAGUAAACAGGGGAAAAGUCUCAGAAUUACAAAUCUAAAGGGUGAAUGUGAAAAGGGAGAAUCGUUUUGAUUUUCUUUAUUGGAGCAUUGACCUCUUUUGGUGGGCUAGGAGGGAGCUUUUUAAAGAUUAAUAAAAUUUGUGAAAUGUAACUUAAAUUUCAUGCAAGGCCAGAAUUUGGAUUGUGACUUAUGUAGAUUUGUAUUAAUUACAUUUAAAAAGCUUUCUCUGACUUUUUUCACUGCACCAAGAAUUGUUUUGUUUUGUAGAGUUUAUGUUGGUAAGAGGUGGUAGGCCUGACCUGGGAUCAAUACUCACACAAACUGUCAGUUGAGUUUGUGCAGCAACUUGUACACAUACUGUUAGAGCUGCUGGCUUUUGAAUAAGAUAUUAAAAUCAAAGUUCACCUGUCCAGGAUGGAUGCAGCAGAUUCCAUUAACUGCCUGCUUUUAACCUUUAGGGCAGGGGUCGGCAACCUUUACCACUGAAAGAGCCAUAUGGACCCAUUUCCCACAGAAAAGAAAACACUGGGCGCCACAAAACCCGUUUGACAUUUAAAAUGAAAUAACACUGCAUACGACGUUUUUUUUUGCCUUUAUGCUAAGUAUAAACAAACUAUAAUGUGUUGCAUUUAUGAAAUUGAUGAACUCCUGCAGAGAAAACGAAAUUACAUUUCUGCAUGCAACAAAAACAUUUUGAACUCCGAAAAAAAGAUGUUGGGUUGAAGGUUACUCCAUAGUUAGCCUACCUUGGAUCGAAAAAUUAAAAGAAAUCGCGCACUGGCGGGUGUCAGGCAUUGGCAGUGGUGACGUAUAUUAAUAGCGAUAAAAAACACGUUGUAGCGGUGUGCUACACGCAGCGCUAAAAUAACGACACUGCAGUCAAAGAUAACUUUAUUCGAACUAAACAGCCUUUAAAGCCUCCCUCGAUCUGCCCCCCGUGGGCGCAGAUGCUCCAAAAGACACGUACUCACAAACCCCCGUAGGCUAUCUCCCUUAGCUGGAACGGUGGCUAAUUGUGAGCCGGUUCGGAUGUGCCAGGAAAUGGGGUUGCCACAACAUUUUAUUUAGAUUGUACAAGAUCACCAUAAUCUUCAAAUUUAGAAUUACAUUUCAAAAACUAACAUAAAAUACAUUUUAAUUAAAUACUCACCAUUUAUUUUCCAAAGCCACAGGGAGCCGCAGCACAGAGAUGAAAGAGCCACAUGCGGCUCCGGAGCCAUGGGUUGCCGACCCCUGCUCUAGGGAAUGUGUGGUUUCUUCAUUCAUUGUCCUAAGUCAUUUAAACAGAUUGAGUGGCUAUCACUUUAUUUGAUUUUUGAGAUACUUUGCUGGUGUUUUCCUAUAUUUUAGUAUUAACUUUACUUCAAAAAUAUUUUGACUAGUAUAUUCCGAGUUCAUAAAUUUAAAAAAAAAUUCUUGCUUGGUUAACUUGCAUUCAAUAUAGGCUAUUUGAUGAAUUAAAUUAUUAUAAAUUAAAGCUGAGCUGUAAGUUUUUAUACACCCAAGCAACACUUAAAGAUGUGUUGUCAACUCUAACAAUACUGAGUUUAAAGCCAUUGAUUAAGCAGUGGAGGAUGGAUUGAUCAUGAAGUAGAUCUGAAGGGCCUAUACAAUUUCUACAUAAUCAAGAACGCUCUUCACAAGUUUCCUUUCACAAGAACUGUGUGCUUAACUAGUCACUUCCAAGAAAAUGUUAGUAUUUGCUGAGUUGAUAAUUUGGAUUUCUCUUUCUAACAUAAUGUCACUGUAGGUACAAAACUGAAGCUCUUCCUGCUCUCUACAGAUCAGUUGCUAGUCUCCAUCAGUUCUCUUCCUUUUCCCUUGUUCUUUGACUACUAGUUGUCUCAAUGACUUAGUUGGCUUUCACGUUUGUAAAAAAAAAAGUCCACUUUAGAACUUCACAUCUCAGCUUUAUCCAUCCACCCAUGUGCCUUUACACAGUGGCAUACACUUUAAUGAAAUGCCAACUGCAUCACCAUUCCUCUAACUCUUGCCCCAUGUAUCUAUAUAUUAUUAUUUGUAAACGUAAAUAAAAUGGCCUUCAAGUA